GUAACUUUUUAUUUCGGUGUUGUUAGGGGAGAACCUGUUACAGGUUGGUACCCAGUGUGGCUCCCUGUCAUGAUGUGCUUCCAACAGCCAGCUGGUAAAAGCUUUCCAUGGAUACAAAAGGGGCUGUGUAUGCCCACAGAAUCAUCUUCUCUCCUCCAAACUCUGAGCUUCAGUCCUCCCACAAUGUGCCUGGGGAAAGGCCCCCAGAUUCCUCAGAUCUCCCUGCCCCAGACAGUUGUAAUCCCAUGUUUUGGCACACACACAGCUGGAGAACUGACCUGGUUGUCCCUGGGCUCACCCACACCUUGUCCUACCUCCCGUGCCCCAGACAGAGAGCAGCUGCAGGGAACUGAAUGAGAAAGCCCUUGGCUGUCAGAGCUGGGUUUCCUGGGAGCAGCAGUGGGAUAUUUCCUGAACUGAUGCACGAGGAUGGCUCUGGGUUUACUCCCAACAAACACCCGCUGAGUCAGAGCAGCUUCUUCAGGGCCAUUCAUCCAAAAGGAAAGCAGAUCUGCUCACAGAAUUGGCAACUCCCCGGGAUCCCAGGACCAGCCAGUUCUACCUGACUGGCAUGUGCCACUCCCAGGGGAGGAUUGCUGCCUGCUGAGUGCUCCCUCCUCACGGUUCCUGGGGCUGAGCUGUGAAAUGCUCUCCUGGGGCUGGGAUCUUUCCCAUGUGUUUGAGAAUUGGCCAGGCUGAUCCUUUGUCUCUGCGUUUUCCAAGCUGAUCUUUUCAGGGGGAUAUCAGUGCCCAGAGGCAGCAUCACCUCUGACUCCAAGGAAUGGCAUCAGAGCCACGCUCCACCCAGGACAGCAGGGAAAUGAGAGGAGUUUGGGCUUCCAGGGCAGGGAGGAUGUGGCAGUGCUUUUAGGAAAUAUAAAUAUCCUCCAGCAAAGGGCUCUUGGUGCCUGUAGUGUGUGGGAAGGCUGGCAGAGUUCAGGGUGCAGGUUUGUUGAUAUGCUGGAGGCUUAUCUGAGAUAACAGAUGUGUGUUUAGGAAGGUCAAAUCUCUUCCCAAUGUUUUCCUGGGAACUGGGAGUGAAUUGUUUAGGUUUUUUCCCCGUGUACAUUACUUGGAAGAGUGCUUGGCAAACACCACGUGGAGUAUUUUCAAACACUCUUGUCUGCAGAGAGACCAAGAAUUCCUGAAGUCUGCGUUUGUCCUGGUGUACCACGACUCCGUGUUCCCUCUGCUGUGCUCCACCCUCCUCCCCAGCUACAGGUGGGCUGAGGAAGAGGUGGAAAUGGCCCGCUGGAAGGUGAUCCAUGACUUCCUGAAAAGGAGCCAGGAGAAGGAUGGUGCACUGGAGUACCUGCUGUCAUCAGAGAACACCCACAGAGCCUUUGACAUCUCAGAGCUGGCCUAUGACUUCUUAGGAGAAACAAGGGAAAACAAUCCUGGAGAAUGAACAAUUCAGGCUUUUCUAAGGACGUGGUAACAAGAAAAUUAAAUUCUUACCAAAGAGGUUAUGUAGGAUCUGAAUGGUAAUGGGUAUUUUAGCACAAUCAAGAUGUUGAGAGAAAUUAAAAUUAUUUUAUCCGUUUAUUGACUGGAAAUUGUAUUUUAAAUAUUUAGUUUUUCAGUGUUAAACAAGGCUCUGAUUGCCUGUUACCACCUGUUGUAGCCAUGUCAGGUGUCAUGUUCUGCCUUUUUCUCCUCUCAUGCAGCCUCCAAUUAAUUUCCAGGGUUGUUUUAAUCAGGGUGAACAAAAGGCUCUUUGUGCCAGUCCCCCAGGAGCAGGGAAGGGGAAGAGCAGGGAUCUUUAAGAAUGCUGCUGAGCAAGGGCAGCCAGCUUAGGAGGAGAAUCCUCUCUUACCCAACCAGUGGCCAGCAGGUUGCUCUGUUUUUACACUGUUUGCCUGUUCUUCUCCCCCACUCAAGAGAAGGCUGGGUGACUCCCAGGAAUGUGCCUGACCCAACACAAAUAGCAGCUGGUGGGAAUCCUGGGAAUGCUGCAUUUCCCCAGGAUUAUUUCCUCUGCUGACCCCUGAGUGCCUUGUGGCCACAGGCUCUGUGUGCUGCCCACUCCCAGAGGGAAGUGAUUAAUCCACUUUCUCCUUGGUGCUGGAGCACCUGCAUGCUUCCUGCAGAGCAAUGGGGACAUUGCCACUGAGCCACACAGGUAUUUAAGCCCAGGCUAAGGCUCAGUUUUGUCUAGCAAGACUUAAAACAAGAUUUUUGAAAGCCUCCUGCAUGGAGCCAAAAAGCAGCUUCCACUGGAGUAUCUAUAAACUGGAGCCUCCAGAAAUACCACACAACACUUCCCCCAGCCUAGGAAGGGCUCAGACAAGAGCCAUGGAUUUGAUCUUUGCUCUGUGUUGUGCAAGAGCUUGGCACAGAAGCCGAGUUCCUGGGGCAUCACCUGUCUCGCCUAGCAGAUAUCUCUCUGGGACAGUGUCUUCCUCCUGCUGUAGCCCAUUGCCCGAGUUAAUGGGGUCAUUCUGUCCUCUCUGGGCCACCAGGCCACCAGCCUUUCAUCCCACCCCUUAUCUGGGAGUUCUGGGGCCAGGCACAGUGCACUGGAUGAGACAGUGAAGUGCUUCCCGAAUCCAAAAUGCACUUGCCAGGAGGCAGAAAUUCCUGCAGCUCUCCUUCAAACCUUACUGGGCACUUGGGAGCACAUUGCCAAACCCUCCCGCUGUGUCUGUAAAAUUUACCUGCUAGUUUCUGAAGGCUGGAUGGGCGUGGAGGGGUCUGAUGUGACCACGGAGCAGAAACCUGAACAGAAAGGGGAGGAGGCAACAACGGUGGAAGCAAAAAUAUUUCAGGCUUGGAAACGUGCCAAGGACAACUGUUUGCAGGAAACAUUUCUGUUCCGGCAAGGUGUAGGAAGCUUUUUGGCUUUUCCCUCCAGCUAAUGACCUUGCACGGGUGCGCGGUGGGGCCGGGGCCCCGCUGUCCCGUCUCUGUCGCAUCCCGGCUGGCAGUGGGAUGCACGGAGCCUCCGCAGCCUCCGGCGGUGCCAGGGGCUGGCCGGGCCGGGCCGGGCCGGGCCGGUUCCUGUGCUUACGUGCGGCGGGCGUGUCCCUUAAAUCCCGCACGGGAGCGGCGCGGGGCAGGCGGGCGCCAGCGGAGCCCGGCGCAGCGCUGUCAGCGGCGGAGAGAUGGCCUCGGUGGGUCCCUCUGCAGCCUCCACGCAGCCCGCCCUGCCCUCCGGACCCGCCGUCUUCAAAACCAUCCCCUACGCCUUCAUCCUGCCGGAGAUCGUCUGCGGGACCUGGGUGUGGAUCCUCGUGGCUGCUACCUCGGUGUCCUUGCCGCUGCUGCAGGGAUGGGUGAUGUACGUGUCCCUCACCUCCUGCCUCAUCUCCCUGCUGCUCCUCCUCAGCUACCUCCUCGGCUUCCACAAGAACAGCGAGAACUGGAAAGUGCUGGACAGUUUGUACCACGGUGCCACGGCCAUUCUGUACAUGAGCGCCGCUGUCCUGCAGGCCAACGCCACCAUCAACUCUGAGUUCGGCACCAACGCGCCGCUCAACUACCAGCUCAACUGCGCUGCCUCGUUCUUCGCCUUCCUCACGACCUUCCUGUACAUCCUCCACGCCUUCAGCAUCUACUACCAGUGAUCUUGGCAGCACCACAUUCACCUUCACAUGACGAGGGCUUUCCCAGUGUGGGAGACCCUGCUGUCUUCCCAAGGUGCUCCUGCCCCAGCCCUGUCACCAGGCCUCAGGAACAGCGGGUCCUUUUGCACUUCAUCACAGGAGGGAUUUUGCUGGGACAUUUCCUGCCUUGCCCGGGGGCUAUGCAAGGGGAGGGGCUGGGCACAGGCCCCGAGCCUCCAACUCUGACAUUCUGCCAAAUAUUGACACCAAGGGAAGGAGAAAAAGAAAAUAAUCACUGUUCCUUCAGCAAACAAUCUCCUUUCUUAUGUAAUUUGCCUUUCUCUGGUUCAGCUCCAUCCCUCCCCAACACAAAUUCAUAACAAUGAUACAAGAUUGUGUUCCUUGACUUUCAGAUGGUUUCAUUUGGUAAAUGCUGUAUUUGGAAUAAAGUGUCAACUGACAGAUUGUGA